AUGCCCCAGCCGCUGCUGCUGCUGCUGCUGGUGGCCCAGACGCAGCGGUUUUGGAUCAAUGAGGAGUUUUGGGAUCGCCCGGCUGGCCCCGUGUUCCUCGUGGUCGGGGGGGAGAGCGCCCUGAGCCCCCUGGUGCUGCGGGGGGGCCACGUGGUGGAGCUGGCCCGGCAGCACGGGGCCCUGCUGGUGGCACUGGAGCACCGCUUCUACGGGGACAGCCGGGGGCCGGGGGGGGCCGAGCUGCGCUUCCUCUCCAGCCAGCAGGCCCUGGCCGACCUGGCCGCCUUCCGCCUCCACCUCACCCGCGCCUGGGGGCUGAGCCCCAACCACACCUGGGUGGCCUUCGGGGGGUCCUACGCGGGCGCCCUCGCCGCCUGGGCGCGCCUCAAGUUUCCCCACUUGGUGUCGGCGGCCGUGGCGUCGUCCGCGCCCGUCCGGGCUCAGGUUGACUUCGCCGGAUACAACCGUGUGGUCUCUGUCGCCCUCUCCAGCCCUGCUGUGGGGGGGUCCCCAGAGUGCCUGGCGGCGGUGAGCGGCGCCUUCGCGGCGCUGGACGCGCGGCUGCGCGGCCGGCGGCUGGCGGAGGUGACAAGGGACAUGUCCUGCUGCCACCCGCCCCGCGAGCGCGGCGACCGGGCGCUGCUGGCCGAGAACGUGGCCGACGUGGUGGCGGGGACGGUGCAGUACAACGGGCUCCUGCCCGCCGACUCGGUGGCCGCCCUGUGCCGCGCCAUGACCGACGGGCGCCGCGGCUCGCCCUACCGCAGGCUGGUGGCCGUCGUCAAGGCCUUCCUGCGCCGGGGGGGGCAGCCGUGCACCCCCAGUUCCCGCCGGGCGCUGCUGCGGGAGCUGCGGGGCCCGGGGAGCGCGGGCGGCAGCCGGCCCUGGCUCUUCCAGACCUGCACCGAGUUUGGCUUCUACCCCAGCUGCGAGGACGCCGCCUGCCCCUUCUCCCGCUUCCAGACGCUGCGGGCGCAGCUCAGCCUCUGCGCCGCCGCCUUCGGCAUCGCCCCGGCGCGGGUGCGGGAGGCCGCCGCCGCCACCAACGGCUUCUACGGGGCCGCACGCAUCCGGGCCCGGCGGCUCCUCUUCGUCAACGGCGCCCUGGACCCCUGGCACGUGCUGAGCGCCGGGGGGGGCCGCCGGGGGGUGCUGAUCGCGGGGGCCUCGCACUGCGCCGACAUGGCCCCCCCCCGGCCCGGGGACCCCCCGGCGCUGACGGCCGCCCGCCAG